AUGAGUACAUUAUUGAAAAACAAUACCAAUUUAUUACUCAAUGUUUCUUUCUCGUAUCAUUUGAUCAGUUAUCGUCGUUUGUUCUUCCUCCAAUGUCCAACACGUUUUCAACAUUGUGUUUAUUAUGUUGAAUUAAAUAUUGAUUAUAAAAAUGAUAUUGCAUCGCGUACAUUUGAUUAUCAUAGUGAUCGUGCUAAUAUAUCUGAUGAUAUUAAUUCAAAACCUAGAAUGAUAAUCGAAGUACACAAAGCAAUAUUAAAUUUUCAACGUAAACGAGCAUCAAAAGUUAUUUGGAUCAGUUUUUGUGCUAUUGAUGACGAAUGUGACAGAAUUUAUAUGGUUAAUCAUCUGUUACACAUUGCAUGA